CUCAGGACUCCCGGGUUUUAGUAUUUACUCCACUCGGGUACAUUUUGGUGCGAUGACGUCUUUUGCCGCAAGAAGGGGGAGAGGGAAGACGCAAACAUCUUUGGGGUCUUGAAGAUGCUGGCACUUAGCGUUACGCACGCUGUGUAGUUCUCCGGCUGGGGAAUCCCGGACGCCUUGUCGCUGGCUUCUCUUUGCACAGCAGGCUGCGGACUCGCGCUCGAGAGACAGAGAGAGGCUGUUCUUGAGAACAUGUUCUCGUUGAAAAUGCCAAGCAAACAUCGCUCUCUCAGCCGUGGCUUCACUCUAAGUACUAUAUAAAACCGAAAGUCUUCUGUUCGUCUCGCUCACAGCAUCCGUGCCAGCCGGCGAGGAACGGGAUAAUAGCCACUCUCAUCGAGAUGACUAAGCUAGUGUGCGUGUUCCUUGCAGUCGUGGCCACGCUCCAUGUGGCGCAGUCCCAAGGGUUUGGUGGCGGAUUUGGAGGACCAGGUGGUUUUGGAGGUGGACCAGGAGGUUUCGGAGGGGGACCUGGUGGAUUUGGAGGUGGAUUUGGAGGAAGACCGGGUGGUUUUGGAGGUCCGGGUGGCUUCGGAGGCGGUGGUUUUGGAGGACCGGGUGGUUUCGGAGGCGGUGGUUUCGGAGGCGGUGGCUUCGGAGGCGGUGGCUUCGGAGGCGGUGGUUUUGGAGGCGGUGGUUUUGGAGGCGGAAGGCCUUUCGGAUAAGCGUAGCAUUGUGGACAUGGUGGCGUCUCUAACUUACCUCGCAGAAGCAUAGAUAUUACCUGUUGAUCCCAAAGUCUCUGUUUACAAAGUAACCGGCCAGAAAUGAUGUACUACAUUCAAGGUUGUAUAGCAGGAAACUGUGACAUGUACUGUGUUUGUCAAUUUUAAUAAAACGACCACAUUGUUUUUGUUUCUAAAAGCAACUGUAAACUUUUGUAACCACAACAAUCAGAAAUAAAUUGUAAAUAUUUAUAAA